CUCUUGGAUCGGACCCAAGCACCUGUCCGCUCCCUGUUCCCUGUCUUGCCUUGUGCGUGCGUGCUUACCCACCUCCCACCAUUGACCAGACAAUCGCUGCUGCUACAGUCCGCCCUGCAACAGCUACCGAUCCGGCCCUGUCACACCUAGUGCUCAUCACAGAUAACACCAGCAGCCGCGUUUGGUCUUUGUUAUUGCCUACUUCCUUACAUAUACCCGACGCCGCCCUGACCUGCCACUCUCUUGCCCACCAUGCAAGCCUUUGUGCCCAAAACCCGUCGACCAAAGUUUGAACUACAAUUGAAGAUUAUCGAUCUCAACAACGUACCGCUUGUGUCAGGCAACUCCUUCAUAAAAUGGCACCUCCCGCACUCGACCGCCGCCGACCACCGUGGCCGUACCGAGAGGCGAGCCAUCCAGGACCACAAAGUCUUCUACGACUACGGAAUCAAGUUGCCUGUACGAAUGACUGUUGACAAAAACGGCAUGCUGCAAGAGUGUCCCAUAGAAUUCGAGGUCAUACAAGAAUACUCGGGUGGUGGUCGAGGCGAGCGCAUAUCGCUGGGUAAUGUCAAGAUCAACUUGGCCGAGUACGUCGAGCAGAGUGAGCUGAACACCGAGGAAUCCGGCAUUACAAGGCGAUACCUGAUGCAGGAUAGCAAGAUCAACAGCACUUUAAAGGUAUCAAUCCAUCUGCGGCAGAUCGAAGGCGACAAGAACUUUAUAGCUCCCCCCUUAAAGACGGCCCAGGUAUUUAGCGGGAUAGCUGGGAUCGUGUCUGGAGAACAGCAGGGAGAUUCGGAAGGUCCGGGCACAACGCCGUCCUUGAGUGCAGGCUCGCGGGAAGCGGGUGAACUACAGGAUAUGUAUCGAAGAACGCUGGCAGCAUAUUGGACCGCCCAGCCGGGAGAGCUGAAAGCAGACGAAUGCAUCGAAGACAUUUUUGCCGGAGGAGACGGGUGGGGUGAUCGAGAGAAACCGUAUGGUACCAAUGAUGCAAAGCCAGAGCGAAUCCGAUUCACAGGCGGAGAUAGCAGUGGGUCGGUGAGCGAGAGCGAGUCCAGGCAUAUGCAGGGAAGCGGUAUAGGCCAGCGCAAAUCACAUGAAACUCUUAGACCCAGUGAUAUAUCCUCGAGCACGUCAAGUGUGCGAGGAAGAGGCAGUCUCGAGCAGCAAGCCCAUCAGAUGAAGGCUGAAGCAGAGCGAAAACGACAUCGUCCUCACCAUGAAGUGGAAGAGUUCGAAGUCAGAGAAAAUCUCCGCAGUUGGCGCCUACCCAUAUAG